AUGCUAAAGUUUUCAAAACAUGCUUGUCAUCAAAUUUUUUGUAGUGAAAAUUAUGUCACUAAAAGAAUAAACAAUUUAAAUAACAGUCUAUUAUGUUUAAGAACAAAUGAUAGAUAUAAAAAAUAUAAGUUUUGCUUUAGAGAUUACAAAAAUUUCAACGUACUUAAGGAUUAUAUAUUUGAAAAAAAAAGUGAUGAUGAAAAAAUAAACAUAAAAAAAAGUGAAUUUUUUAAUAAAAAUGAAAUUUAUUAUUGUAAAAAAAAUAAUGUAGACAGUGUAUUAAUUAACGAAAAUUUAUAUAAUAAUUUAAAAAAUAUAUUUGUUUUAAUUGAUAGAAUAAAUCGCUACUUAGUUAAACAGAACUCUUUAAAAUAUGGAAAUAUUUUUCCCUAUAAAAUAAUUGAAAAUAAUGUUAAUAUUAACAGAAAGCUUUACUUGUUUUAUCUCGAACUACCUAGUAAAUAUGAAAGCAAAAUUUCAUUUGAUAUAGAAAUUAUAUUUCACGAUAAAAAUUUUCUAGAUUUGUGUAAAGAAAUUAAGAGUUUAGAUUUUUAUUCACUAGUAUCAUUUUUUUUUCUUUACAAAAAAAUAAUAAAUUACAAGUGUGAUAGUUUUAAAAUAAUUUCUUUUUUUCGUGAAAUACAUAAGUUUAUUUUACAAAAUUUAUGCAUAUUAAUAAAUAAUAUUACAUCAAAUUAUAAUGAAAAUAAUAAAAAUCAUGAAAAAAAUAUUAGAAGUAAUAAAUUAAGUUUUCAUCAAACAUAUAUAGAAAUAUUAAAUGUAUUAAAUGUUUUAAAAAAUAAUAGAAAAAAAUAUAUAAACUUUAUUAAUUUUAUAUUAUAUACACAGCACAAAAAUGUAUAUAAACACAAUCAUCAUUAUAAUUAUUUUUACUCUAUUAGAGUUCUCCAUUUAGUAAAUGAGAUCAUAUUUUUUCAAUUAAAUUCUUUUAAUAUAAAUUGCAACAACGAAGAAAGGAUAUCUAACAAUUUUUGCACUAUCUUAAAUGAUAAUUAUUUUUAUAUACAAAAAGAUAAAUUUACAUGGAAUUAUAUUGAAAAAUAUUAUGAAGAAAAAGAAUUUUACGAUAAUAAUAAUAAUAAUAUGCAAAAAGAACUUUUUUAUAAUAAUAAGGAUUUAAAUAAUGAUAUAUAUAAUUUUAAACAAUAUAGUAUUAAUGAUUUAAAGAAUAAUAAAAAACAUACCUUUUUCAAGGAACCUUUAAUUUAUGAAGAAUGUAAUAAUAAAGACAAUCAAAAAUACUAUUAUAAUGGUGCUCGUGAUAUUAUUAAAGAAGUUGAUAAUGCAUAUAAAUAUAUUUCAAAAGAUAUAAAUUGUUCUUUUUUGUUUAAACACAAUAUUAUAUUGUUAACCAUAAUUGUUAAAAAAAUCAAAUAUAUAGAAAAUAGAACUCUUAAUGAUAUACAGUGUAUUUUAGAGAGUAUUAAUUUGCUGAUGCAUGUAAAUAAUAAAUUAGUUAAUUUAAAUAAACUGGUAAAUGAAAAAGAUACAUUUUUAAGGAACACAAUAUCAUCUAAAUAUAAUGAAAGCUUGUUCUUUUUAUCAUUUUUAAAUUUUGUUUUUAAUAUCUUAAAAAAUUUAAAGUAUUCUAAUAAUUAUUUAAAAAUAACAAAAACGUACAACGGAAAUGAAAAUUUUUUUAAAAUUCUUUCCCUAAUAUCCAAUAUUCGAUAUUUAUUAACUAUUAAUAACAAAAAUAAUGUAAAUCAAAAUACCAGUGAAUAUCAAAUAGAAUGUGAAAAUAAAUUGAUAGAGAUAAAAUUUAUUAAAAAAAAUUUAAUUAAUAAAAUAAAUAAAAAUAUAUGUCUACUAACUAAUGAAAUAAUUUUAACGUAUUCAAAUUACAUAAAGUCAUUUCAUGAUAAUGAUGUCAAUUUUAAUCAUAGCUUGUUGACAUAUUUAUCAUACGUACUUAAUGAUUUGUAUAUUCAAAAUAAUUAUCAAAUAAAAAAAUUUAUUUUCUCAUAUUUUUUAAAAUAUUAUAAAAUUUUUAAUUCUAUGAUAGUAUCAAAUAAAACUGACAUAUACUUACAAUAUAUAACAAUUUACAAUUUUUUGAAACUAUUCAAAAAUGCAAUUAAUGAAUCAUCGGGAGAAUAUGAUGAUGUUUUAAGAAUAUUCAUGGGAUUUUUUGAUAGUAAUAUUUGUCAGAAACUAAGUGAAGAUAAAUUUAUGAAUAAUUUUCGUGAUAAGGAUUAUAUAAAAUAUUACUUACACUUCUUAAAUAAAUUGUGUUAUUUUUUUAUUUUAUCAAAAAAAUUAAUUACGAAUCGCGAAUUUCUUAACCACAUUAAUUAUCAUUUUUAUUUAACUUUUUAUUCAAUCAAUAUAUAUAUUGAAAAAAAUAUGAACAAUUCAGAAUUAUUUAUAUAUUUUAUUAACAAAUGUGUAAAUAAAAUAAUAGUUAUAUUAGUAAUUAAUAAAUACUUUAAUAUGUUGGGAGAAGAUUUAAUUAAAUGCUUGUUAAAAUUUAUAAAUUAUACACACAACAUUAUUAACAAUGAAAAAAAAAGAAAAAUACUUAUAUACAUCGUUCCUUUUAUAAAACAAGAAAAACAUAUUUUGGAUAAUUUAAAGUAUUUUUUAAUUAAUAAAGAAAUAACACAAUGCAAUAUAGGGAAAAAAAUUAGAGAUAAUUACACGGACGAGAGUAGUAAUUAUGAAAUUGAAAAGAAAGGAAACGAUUUUCUCUGUACAAGUGUAAAAAGCAAUCCUUCGAUAGAUAAAGAAAACAAUUUAAACAGUAAAGCUUUUAAUAAUUUUGAAGAAAAAAAAAGAGAAGAUAUAAAUGAAUCAUGUAAAGAUAUAAAAAUGAUUCCUUCCGGAAUUAUUGAAAAUUUUGAAAAAAUUAAAGAUUCCAAAUUAAAAAAUAAUGAAUUGUAUGUAUUAUUAGAUAUGCAUAUGAAAGAAAAUUACUUAAUUAAAAAAGAGAAUACAUUAUUAAAAAACAAAUUAAAUUAUAUUGUCCUCAAUUUUGAAAAAUUUAUAUCAUCUUAUAUUAAUGUUUUGAUAUCACAAAGUCCCAUUUUACUGUACAAAAAACAAUUUAUGGAAGUAGAGAACAAGAAUGAUUGCGUUUUAACUAAAAAAAAAAUUAAAAUAAAUAAUAUUCAUAGUAAUGAAUUAAAUAAGGAAAAAAAUAUUGCCAAUUUGAGUAUAAAAUUUGAUUAUCAACAAGUUGACGUAAAGAAUGAGUAUUUCUACAAAUUAAAAAAAUACGAGAAUAAAAAUUGUAUAAAAAUUAAUAAUAUACUUGUAAACAUGUAUAUGUAUAAUCCUCACAUAUGUGUUAAGGAUAAAAACAUUUUUUUAACAAAAGACAAGAAGCAUAAAAAAAUUAUAAUUCUACCAUACGAUGUAUAUAAAAAUAUUCAAAAAUUGGUUAAUUAUGAAGAAAGUGAAGAACUAAAUUUAUUUAAGAAAUUAAAAUGUUCAAUUUGUUCGUUUUUUUAUAAACUAAAAAUUUUUUUAAGUAAAAAAUUGCAAGAUAAAAAAAAAUUUAGUUAA